CCUCGCCCGCCGACGUCGUCACGCCUGAGAGCCUACUUUCACUGCUGCCUCCCUCCAAGUCCUGCGUUCUCCUCCUCUCACUGAUGCGUCCCUUCCCCAAAAAGGAGACAUGACUCUGCCUUUCUCCCCGCAACUCCCUCCACAAAAUUACCUCUGCGGCGGAGGACUCGAGCGACCAUGCAAUCCACAACGCGCCGCCAUAGGUCGUCAACGGCCGCGUCGAGGAUACCACCAAUGAACAACCAGAUUGCAGAGCUGCGCAGUCUUGCCGACGAGCUCAUCGAGGCUUCCGAGACCCGUCCACCGACCUCCGAUAUCCUGCAGUCCCAGAGCAACGCCCUGCGCCGCAUGCGCCAGCUGCUAAUAGAGUCGCACGAGCAGACCCAGACAAAAGAUGCAUUUCGCCAUAUACGGGGCUUUGACGUACUCCUUUCUACCCUUCGCUCCGUCUCCGGCUUCUACAAUCCUCUCAGUCUGUCUGUGGUAGAUCGCGUAGAUUUCUUCGAAGUCAUAAAGGCAACCCUAGACGUGCUGUCAGAGGCACUGAACGAACACUCUGGCAACGGACGCUUCUUCGCAAAGCGCGUCGAGGCUGGAGGCUGGAGUGCACUGGAGCAAGCAUUGGGCAGCACUGGAAUAUUCGGCGGGCACUCCGACAGUAAGCGGGACGAUGCAGGGCAGGAGCAGCUCUUUGGCUGUCUGUUUGCCUUUGCUUUGGGUGAGGAGGCCAUGACGCGCAUUUUUCGAGACAUCGACAAGAUCGGGGAGGCUCCACCAAAGCAGCAAUUACAGAGUGCUGCUGCAGAUUGCCCACUGCCGUCCGCGGAGAUUGUUGUCUCAUCCCCCAAGUCGACCAAUAGCGAGUUCGACGUGGACCUGGACGCGCUUCGGAACCAACUGCAAUGCAUCUUUAGUGGGAAUGAGGUGUUGCAGAAUCCCGAUAUCAUCCCCAUCAUUCUCCACUUCUGGUCGGGAUUAUCAGGCCAAUAUUCUCCUGGAACAAGGUCCAAGCAUUUGUCUGUAUCCGUUCUUCUCGCCAUUCUCCAGAUUUCGACCAUCUCUACUUACAACCAAGCUGCACUGCAUGUCACCGGGCUUCUCAGUGACCUACUUCCUCUGCUGUUCGAAAACAAGUGCGGCACAGUGGAAACACAUCUCCUCCGCGAACUUGCUGAUCGGUUGAUGGAAUACGGCAUCAAUAAACUCGACGAUGCAUACUAUCUAUUCCGAACAGCUACUACUUCAGAACAAGCUUCAGAGUUUCUCCUGCAAGGAAUGCAAGCGUCAAGAGGCCCGCCAUUCAUUCAAUUCGAUUUAUCAUUACAGGGUUUCAGUGCCAUCGAGCUGAAAGAGCUUGGCCGUCCUUUCCCGCCUACUGCCCCCGGUAGCGGCUACACAUUCACUGCCUGGAUACGCGUCGACGAAUAUGACCCCAACUGUCAUACCACCAUCUUUGGCGCCUAUGAUGAAACACAAACGUGCUUCCUGAUGGCUUACCUUGAAAAAGAUACCCGUUGCUUAAUUCUUCAAACAUACAUGGGCCACUCAACUGGUGUUGUCCCUAGCGUUCGGUUCAAGAAAGCUCCUGCAUUCAACGAGGGCCAGUGGUACCACAUUGCUGUCGUGCAUCGCCGCGCUAAAGGUAUUGGUAUUGGAGCCCACAAAGCAUCGCUUUAUGUUGAUGGCGAAUUCACCGAGACUAUCAAGGCACACUACCCCUCCCCUGCACCAUUGAUGAACACGAGCCAUGAAAGCUUCGCUUCUAUAACAUCUAACAGCCAGAGACACUAUCCGAUUUGUGCCUUCCUGGGCACGCCGCGCAACCUGGCUCCCCGCUUGGGAAGAAAUGUUCUUUGCUCAAAGAUAUCGCUGGCCUCGUUCCAUCUGGUCUCAGAACCGCUUUCGGACGAGCUCAUCGCAGUCUAUAAUAAACUGGGUCCACGCUAUUGCGGUAACUUUCAAGAUAGGCUGGGCUCCUUCCAAACUUAUCGAACCUCGGCCGAACUUCAUGUGCAGAAUGAGAUCCUUCAUCCUGGGAAAGAAGAGCACUCCGACAUCGUUGCCGCCAUUCGCUCGAGAGCAGGGCAACUUUUGCCAGAGUCUAAGAUCCUGCUGAGUUUGUCCCCAACCUCGGUCAUGGACGAUGAUGAUCGAAACAAUGUCGAUGAAUCACAGUUAAUCCGGUCGCUUUCUAAAGACUCUGCGCGAGCGCUGCACAGGUAUACCAGGGUGCAUGGCACGCCUAUUAUCAUAAACGCCGCUGUUCCAUCAGUGAACGACGCUUUGUCUCAAUCUCGUGGGUUUGGCCGAUUGUCUGGUGAUCCAGUUGUUGUCGUGCCCCAGGCACUCGAUGACGCGGUUUGGAGGAUUGGGGGUUGCGCCGCCGUAGGCCUUAAGCUUGUCCAGGCAGCGCGGAAUCUGAACAGCGUGCUUCGUGCUGUGAAGAUCCUGCUUGAAUCAGUUGAGGGGAACUGGCGCAAUUGCGAAGCCAUGGAGCAGAAUAACGGCUUUGCAGUCCUCGCCGAGGUACUCCGUCAGAAGGUCGGUUUCAGUGCGAUGUCACUUGCAACUCGCAAGACCUCAGAAAUCGACAUGACCACAGAAGAGUGUGAGAGCUUCCUAUCUCAGCUUCUCCGCGUCAUUCUCCGCUUCGUGGGCUAUGACGAGGAACAUCCGGCGGAGUCUCUCAUCAUCAACCCUUUGGCGUAUCGGGUCCUUCUUGUAGACCUCGAGCUUUGGCGGCAAUCAACAUCUCUCGAGACCCAAAAAUUAUACUAUGCGCAGUUUGCCGAUUUUGCUCGAGGAAGCAAACAUCACCACUACAAUGCGAAGCGGUUCCAUAGAAUACGGGUGGUCAAGCGGCUUACCGACGCUCUCAAGGGAGAGACCUUCUCAUCUCAAACAUUUCCGUUCUUCCUGGAUGCUUUUAGGGUGCUCCUUCAAAUUAACUUCAAUGGGGAAAAUGCUCGAUCUCUAUCAUUGUUCAUCACAUACGCAUUACAUGAUAGCCGGGCCGCAUUUGCCAAACGAACCUUGCGCCCGAAAGCGAGCACAAUGCGACUUCGCCGGGGUACUCCUCCCACCAUGACUCCGGGAUCUACCCCACGAUCUGCGAGUCCUAGCCAAGAUCCAAAUAUGCCUCCAGGCAUUCCCCUUCCAGAAUUGGGCGUGGCGAUUCUUGGGAUGCUGACUGAGCUUCUCUGCGAUAAAUCUAACUACAACGACAUUCUGCGCUUUGCAAAGAAUGUGACUGGCAAGUGGCUUCUAUACUUGCUAGCAGAGCCAGACCAGCGCGUUGUAAUCUUAGGUGCAAGGAUACUGGCUCGCCUUCUAGUCUCUAACGGACCUCAUUUUGUAAAGAAAUUCUCGGAGAAGAAUGGCGGCUUCGUCAUGAUGAAGAACAGGCUGAAGCACUGGUGGAAUACUCCUGGAAUCUGGACAAUCUGUUUCGCCAUACUUUUCGAUCGCGAUGUCGCCGGAAUUGACUUCGAGAGGGAUUUUGAUGUCUUCAAUCUUGUUGACAUCUUCAUAACCCAUUCUCCUCACGCUAAGCUAAGGGUCAUCUACUCCGAAGUUUUCCCAGUUAUUACCGCGAUGCUGGAGACUGGCCUGCGUGCCAUUGUUCGUGACCAAGCCAAGCCGGAGAAUGAGACACCAAAGGUACAGAAUGGCGACGCCCCUGUUUCCCGAGGACGACGCCGGACAAUGUCUCUGAAUGCAAAACAGCCAACAAUAGAUUCCAAGAGUCCCCAGUCAGAGCGUCUCAAUAACUUUGCCGUCAUCCUCAAUUCAGCGAUACAGUUCCUUUCUGAGCUCCAUUCACGAUCAGAGAACUUCCGUGACUUUACCAGCUCUUCCAACUACGUCCAGGAGUUGUUGUUUGUUCUAUAUCCAGUCAUUGUCACUUCAGACAGUGUGAGCGCUGAGACGGAACUGCUCUCUAGGGGUUCCGCUCUGACUUUUGAGGGCCAGGAUGUGGUUAUACAACCUCUGUCCAAGGCUAAUAGUCAACAGGCCCCCAUUGUUCGAACGACAAAUGUCCAGCCGACUCUUCCGACUUCCUCCUCACAGCGCGUUAUUCCGUUCCGACGAGCUUCGUCCUUCGUCCUCGUUUCGGCAGAUAAGUCGAAUAGGAACCGGCAGGCACCUCGCCUCAAUCCCACCCUGGACUCUACUAAUAGUGGUCCGAUUCCUUUCAAGAUUGGCAGCACCGUCGCAGAGGCUAUGGUCGAGGUUGUUCAAGGUGUUUUCCAAGAUCAGCUAUUUUAUCGAAAAGACUUUCCGGGCCUCGGCUUGUUCCUCAAAACCCCACCCGGAUUUCAAGAGCACCAAGCUUAUUUUGAGACCUACAUCCUCCGUCACACCAUAUCAAGCGUCAAGAGCGCUAUCCAGUUGGAUCAAAAGCUGCUUCAUGAACCUCGUGUGCUCACCAACCUAGCCCGUUUUGUGACCCACAUAUCUGAGGCUGUAUUCGAAGGUUGGUUUCUUGGAGGCGCCGAGUCGCUCCUAGACUUUGCCGGAUUCCUUUUAGAAUACCUUGAGCGACCAGAUGUAUGCAAAAUCAAAUCGGUUCGGCUUUGUACACAAGCAGUAGGGACAAUUCGUGCUGUAUUCCUCCGUGUUGUGCUUCUGCGCCUUGCACAGGCAGACGAUACAGAAGAUGCGAGUGACGCAAUUAUGGUCAUCGAGAAAAUGGUGUACUGGCAGCCUAUCAUUCUCUCAGCAGAAAACACCGAAGGCCAUUUCCUAAAGUUAAUCUGUUAUCUGCUCUAUCAAAAGCUCACCUCUUCACAUGACGCGGUCCGCUUGGCCGCUGCUAAUUUCUGGAGGCUGUUAUUGGUUCAGAAACCAGAAGAUGCAUCCGCAAUACUCAGCCAUGCCAUGCAUUCGGGUAAAAAGGAGCUCUACGAAGGAUUCCAGAAACUGGUUGAGUUGGACAACGAGACUUUCCUUGUUUGGCUUGACAACAACAAAUCAGAUCUCGAUGCCUUCUUCUCUGAUACUAUGGCUAAAGUGUGGGAAGACUUUCUACAGGAUCAAAACAAGAAAAUCGAGGAUAUGCGACAGAAGCGAAUCGAAAAGCGACGGGAGAAGCUAAAGCAGUGGCAGGCGGAUGAACUUUUGAAUGAAAAUCUCUGGAGUACUCAUGAGAAUUCAACCAACCAUUGGCGAUCUAACAUCCACGCUUCCGAGCGCAUCAAACACCAGCGUGUUUUGCAAGAUCAACAAGACAAUACCACCUUCUUGUCUUCGGUCAUGGCCAAGUUGGAGAAGCAAAUUCGGGGACCGUGUGCCCUCUUCGAGGAUAGUCCCGCAUCAAAAUGGCGCCUCGAUGAGACAGAAGGCCGAGAUCGUAAGCGUAUGCGCACCAUUAUAGAUAGCACAAACCGAGACCAAAACUAUCAGCCCAAGCGCAAGGAUACAGAUCCUGUGACCAAAGAUCGAUUAAAACUUGACACGGCAGUUCCGAGCAUUUCUGCGAAAGAUGCUGUUGGUGUUACACCGAUUGAUCGGGAGGGUAUACGACCUAGGUCCGGUACAGAUGCUUCGAAGCAUAGCGCUAAGAAUGAUUCCGAGUCUGAUAUUGAAGAAGAUUUUGAGAUGGUCGAGGCCAUGUACGAAGAUGAAGACGGGUUCGAAGACAAGAAUCGCAAAGUCAUGCGGAGCUUACAGCGCGGUGACCAGGUUCAGUAUGUUUGCAAUGUCUCUCGGGUUGUGGGCCUAGAAGCCGUCGAAGGGCUGCUCAUUGUUGGAAAAGAUUGUCUCUAUCUUCUCGACGACUUUUUUCAGAGGUCAGAUGGAGAAAUUGUUCGUGUGUGGCAGGCACCGACCGAUGAGCGAGACCCGUACGUGCAGGUUAUUGCUGGUAAGCAGGCAAUCACGAACCGGAGACCUCCGCCACGUGAUCAGGACGAAACGACUAGGUAUUGGAAAUGGAGUGAAGUCAUAAGCAUUUCGAAGCGCCGAUUCCUCCAUCGAGACGUCGCAAUUGAAAUUUUCUUUGAUGACGGGCGAAGCUACCUUCUCACGGCUAUCUCAGCUCCAACUCGUAACGAUCUUCAUUCACGGCUGCUAACCCGAGCACCGCAUGUCGUCAAGCCUGAGUUAUUGGGCAACUCCGAGAUUUCCUGGAGGCUUGAUUCUCUUCGCAACCCAGAGGAAGUUCCACAGACAUUUGGAUCCCGGUUUGCAUCCGCCUUCAGUUCAGUCUCAUCACAUCCCGCAACGAAGAAAUGGCUGAAGGGUGAGGUGUCAAAUUUCCAUUACCUUAUGUUUGUCAAUACACUUGCUGGUCGGACGUUCAACGACUUGACCCAGUAUCCGGUCUUCCCUUGGGUAAUUGCCGACUACACUAGCGACGAGUUGGAUUUAACGAACCCGAAGAGCUUUCGUGACUUGUCGAAGCCUAUGGGAUGUCAGAAUUUGGAUCGUGAGACUGAGUUUCGAGAACGAUAUAAGUCGUUUGCUGAAAUGGGCGAGGCAGCUCAAGCAUUUCAUUACGGAACCCAUUACUCCUCAGCCAUGACGGUCGCCUCCUAUCUCAUCCGUCUGCAGCCAUUCAGCGCGGCUUACUUCCUGAUCCAAGGAAAUACGUUUGAUCACGCUGAUCGACUAUUCUAUUCAAUCAAGAAUGCGUGGAAUUCGGCGUCCAAGGAGAACAUGACUGAUGUGCGUGAGCUUACGCCAGAGUUCUUCUACCUCCCUGAAUUUCUUACCAACAUCAAUGGAUACAACUUCGGUGUUCGCAAUACUGGUGAAAAUAUUGAUGACGUAGAGUUGCCUCCAUGGGCGAAAGGCGAUCCUGCCAUUUUCAUCGCCAAGCAACGUGAGGCUUUGGAGAGUCCUUAUGUGAACAAAAACCUCCACCACUGGAUCGACCUCAUCUUUGGAUUCCAACAACGCGGUGAGGCUGCCAUAGAGGCUGUUAAUGUGUUCCAUCACCUGACAUACCACGGCUCUAUCGACCUCGACUCUAUUACCGAAGAGGUACAGCGUGUUGCUAACAUUAACAUUAUCAACAAUUUCGGCCAGACGCCGCUUCAGGUAUUCCAGCGCCCACAUCCCAAGAGGGAAGAGAACGUAGGGAAGAUCAAGAGGCUGGACUCAGCAGCCGAGUCAUUGCAUCGUCUGCCAAUGACUUUGCUGGAAUCAAAUGACCGCGUCUCUUCGCUUGCAUAUAUGACGAAGAGCGAUAAGAUUCUUUGCUCUGCACCCUUCCGCCACAACAUUCCUCCGAAUUAUGACCGGUAUAUGGAAUGGGGGUUCACCGACGGCUCUGUGCGCUUCUAUGGUUCCGACUCGAAGAGGUUAUUAGGAUUAUUCGAGCAUCUGCACUCUGGCCAGCUCACAACUUCAUUGUUUGUAGAUGGUCGAACCCUUAUCACGGCCGGUACGGAUUGCACCGUCGCGUUGUGGAAUGUCAUCAAGGGUGAGAAGAACGCCGUUGACUUGCAGCUCAUCACUAUGCUUUUCGGUCAUAAGAGCCCCGUGGUUACAAUCGCCUCGUCGCGGGCUUUCUCAGCUUUCCUGUCUGCUUCCUCGGAUGGCAAAGUGUUCUUGUGGGAUUUGAAUCGCUCAGAGUUCGUUCGGGAACUUGACCUUGGUCCAGCACACCGACGGAAUCCGUUCCCGAUCCAAGCGGCUAAGAUCAACAAUGUCACGGGGCAUAUCAUCCUGGCUUGUGGGUCUCGGUUGUUGAUUUCCACCCUCAAUGGCCGGUUACUGCUUGAUCAGAAUGUUUGUGAUGGAGAAGAUGAUGUGGAUGGUAUUACGGCUGUUGCCGUGUAUGAAGGAGUUGCAAAUGAGUGGUGUGAGAGGGAGCUAAUCUUUACGGGUCAUCGACGGGGUGUCGUAAAGAUCUUCCAUCUCUCCCCAAACACCAAAACUGGCACUUGGACUAUCACUCUCAUAAAAGUCCUCAAUCACAUAGACUCGACGCGUGAAGACGGCGGCAAUUUCUCGGCUCCAGUAACUUGCAUUCUCCCAAUGCCACACAAUGUCUACACUGGCGAUGAGGAUGGCAGAGUGUAUGAGUGGGACUGCGUCCACCGACACGCCGGGCACUAGGAUCCCCCCUUUCCUUCGUUUCCUCCCGUUCUCGAGACGGAUCGUUUAUUGCCAGGCGGCGGGCUUACGUUUCUCUGGUUUUAGUCCAGAAUGAAGGUAGUGUGAUAUACGGAUGGUUGGAUGAAAGGUUGUGUAAUAGGGUAUAGAUGCAAGAUAGGCGAGGCGUCUAGAGGUUGCGUUUGUGAUCGCUGUUUGUGCUUACGUUAGGAAAUGGGGAUGGGUGUGAAAUUUGCGUUUACGGGUGGCCUGGUGCAUGCGACCUAUCUAGAGUUGAUAUUUUAUGGAGUAUAUUUAUGAGAUGAGGCUUUUGGAUCGCUGUGAUGGUUUGGUUUUGCUCGGUUGUUGAGCUGUAAGUUGCUAGUGUGGUUUAUUUGCCUCGACUCGGGGAAGGGGGGAUGGAUUGAGAGAAACAAG